AUGCGCUCCCAUGCAUGAUGGCUUGUGAAUGGAAAUCACAGACCAUAUGCAUACAUGCAUGGAUCAUACGUGAUCAUUCACGGGUGACGUCAUGCCAGAUGCCCCCCCACCACCAAACACACACAUACACACACACACACAUAAACACACACACUCACACUCUCUCUCUCUCUCCUCCACUUAUUCUAAAUGAUCUGCUGCUCUGGUCUGCAGUCAGUCAGCCGCCUGACUUGUAGGAGGAGGGACAGGAAAAUGCCUUUCUCUGUGGGAGACAUUAGCCCUGUGAUCUCAUGAAUAUAUUAUAGAGGGUCAUUGUGCAAUGAGGAAGGUGUACUGAGCUGACAGGUUAUCUAUGUAUGUAUGACCUGCCCAAAAAAAAAAAAAAAAAAAAAAAAAAAAGUACUGACUGCAACAGUACUACGCUUAUUGUAAUUGACUCGGGUAGUUAGUCAGCUCGCUCAUAGUUAUUAGUUAAUAACACUGUUUAUAGGUGACACCGCACGGAAGUUUAACAUAAAGAAGAGUCGCAUUAUAAUUAUAUUAAAGUGUUGACUAGUGUACUUACUCCUCAUCUGGCUUGCGGUGUGAAAACAACUAGAAAAAAAAUGUUAUUAAUAGUGUAACUGACGCUCGACAACGCGGCUAUCAAGCAGCCUUGUCUUGUUGCUAAUAGCCCGACUGCGACACUAGCGAGCUAAUGUGGCUAAGCUAACAUAACUGUCUACAAUCAAGCGGCUUCACCGUCGUCGUCUGUGGCAGCCGGAGCAGAGAGGCGAGCGAAAAGGGCUGCCACUUGAGGACAGUAGGGGCUCUCUAAUGAUCCUCACGUUCAUCCGAUGAACCCCCUCAACUCCAUGAAACCCUCCCUGCCUCCCACUCCGCAAAGCAGUGACGGCCCCUUCCUAAAUGACCCAGUCUCCUGGCAACCAGGCACCAAUCAGCACGCAGGAUCUCUCUCUGUAGUAACCACAGUGUGGGGCGUGACCAAUCCCACACAUAGCCAGGUGUUUGGUGCACCCAUGGGUCCGGGUGAGAGCUCUGGCAGUCACAUGAUGCCUGGUGGAAGCCCUGGUAUGGGCGCUGGCAUGGGCUCCCAGUUCAUGGGCCAGCAGUCGUACGGAGACGCCGUAUCGAAAGGAUACGGCCAGCCAGUCAUGUACGGACGACCCAGCGCCGCUUACAACCCGGGCUCAGCCUACGGCGGGAGUUACUCUGGUAACAGUGGAGGUGCCGGUAUGGGCGUUCGUCCUCCCUCAGACUUCACCCAGGCUGCCGCCGCAGCCGUUGCCGCCGCCGCUGCCACAGCAACUGCCACCGCUACGGCGACUGUUGCAGCCAUACAGGAAAAACAGAACCAGGAGCUGAGCUACGGCCAGAUGGGUGGAGCAUCCUCUUACAGCACCCAGUUCCUGUCUCAUUCGGGCCCACGCGGCCCUCCUGGGAUGAACCCUGGUGGGAUGGUCCCUUCCAGGCCCGGACCUCCGCCUUCCACCACGGGCAUGUAUCCCUCUCACCCUGCCCAGACGCAGAAGAUGCCCCAGCACGGAGGUUAUCCGGGCGGACAGCAAGGCCUCAAACGGCCUUUUCAUUCAGAGGGUUUUCCGGGGCAGCAGUACGGCUCCGGCGGGAUGUCGGCGUACUCUAACCAGCCUCUGCAGUACCCCGCCGGUCCGCAGCAGCGAUGCGCCCCCUCGCCCUCGUACCCCUCCGGCCGGAUGCCUCUCAUGGGACAGUACGCACACUCCGGAUCACACAACCCGGCGCAGUUCCCCCCCGGAGCCGGACAGCCCAACCCUCCGCAGUAUUAUAAGUCGGAGCCGUUCAACGGCCAGGGCGGCCUGCCAUCUGGAGGAGCAGGAGGAUACAAUGCCUUCACACAGGCUGCGGUGAGCGGGCCAGGCCGGGGCGGAGUGAUGCCCGGGUAUCCCAGUUCACCGAUGGGAGGGAAUCCCACGCCUCCCAUGACACCGGGGACCUCCAUGCCUCCUUACCUGUCCCCGGGCCAGGACACGAAACCCCCCUACCUUCCCCCGGACACCAAACCCAACAUCAACACCCAGCAGCCCUCUACAGGUAACCCCAGCGACGACCUACGUCUGACUUUCCCCGUACGUGACGGCGUCGUGUUAGAGCCGUUCAGACUGGAGCACAACCUGGCUGUCAGUAACCACGCCUUCCAGCUGAGAGACUCUGUCUAUAAAACACUCAUGUUGAGACCGGAUCUGGAGCUGCAGUUCAAGUGUUACCACCAUGAAGACAGACAGAUGAACACCAACUGGCCUGCAUCUGUACAAGUGAGUGUUAACGCCACUCCUUUGUCUAUCGAGAGAGGCGACAACAAAACAUCCCACAAGCCCUUGUACCUAAAACAAGUGUGUCAACCGGGUCGUAACACCGUGCAGAUCACCGUAACAGCCUGCUGUUGUUCCCAUCUGUUUGUGUUACAGCUGGUCCACCGGCCGUCUGUCAGGUCCGUCCUGCAGGGUUUGAUGAAAAAGAGACUUCUGCCGGCCGAGCACUGCAUCACCAAGAUAAAGAGAAAUUUCAGUAGCGGGACAAUCCCCGGGACCCCCGGUCUGAACGGAGAGGACGGAGUAGAGCAGACGGCCAUCAAAGUUUCUCUGAAGUGUCCGAUCACAUUCAGACGAAUCCAGCUGCCGGCCAGAGGUCACGACUGCAGACACAUACAGUGUUUCGACUUGGAGUCCUACUUGCAACUUAAUUGUGAAAGAGGAACCUGGAGAUGUCCUGUCUGCAAUAAAACAGCUUUGCUAGAGGGGCUGGAGGUGGACCAGUACAUGCUCGGGAUUCUCGUCUACAUCCAGAAUUCUGACUACGAGGAGAUCACCAUAGACCCGGUGUGCGGCUGGAGGCCGGUGCCCGUCAAACCGGAUCUGCACAUAAAAGAAGAGCCUGACGGUCCGGUGCUGAAACGCUGCCGCACAGUCAGCCCGAGUCACAUGGUCCUGCCCAACGUGAUGGAGAUGAUCGCUGCUCUGGGUCCGGCGUCCUCUCCUUACCAGAGUCUGACAGCAGGGGGCAGGAACACCCCCGACUACAACAGGCCAGGGAGCCAGGGCUUCUCCAGCCAAACGGGAUUCACAGACUUCCCCAACACUCCUGGCACCCCGACACUAGGAGAGUAUUCCUCUUCUGGACCACCUCCUCCACUCUCCUACCAGUCUGACCAGGGGCCUCAUUCUGGGCGGCUGGAACACUCCCACAGCCUCCUCCAGCAGCACGGUGGCUCAGGGGUUCAUGGUAACCAGAGUCUCGGUGACGCCGGCAGCCCGCUGCCACCGCGAAACGCCAAUACCCAGAAUUCCCGGCUGCAGGCCGAUGGCUCCUUCGGUCUGGGAGGCCCGGGAGCGCCCGGAGGAGACGGAGCCGAUCAUUCGUUAGAUGCUGUCAUCAAGCUUCUUCCUGAACUGACCAACCCGGACGAGCUGCUGUCGUACCUGGGCCCCCCCGACCUUCCCAACAACAGCAGCGACGACCUGCUGUCGCUGUUCGAGAACAACUGACAACCUUUCAAACGCUUUCAGCCAUCUUUUCUGUCCAGUCUGUUGUUUCUCUGUUCGCUGUAACUCUGCCCACAUCUGUUGAAGACAGCACCGUCUCUGUUGUCACCCACUACUUCUAUGUGUGUGUGUGUGAGUGUGUGUGUACAUAAAUGCGUGUGAGUGAGUGUGUGUGUGUGUUUUUUUGUGUGUGUUUUUGUGUAUCUUUGUCAUGUUGACAUUUCCUGCUGUACCUUGAAGUUGAUUCAGUACAGUCUAGAAGAAGAAGGAACACUCUCUGUUGACUAUGAAGACUAUUUCAGCACACAGGCACUGACUCUGCAGACCAGCAUUUUUAAACUAUAGCACAAAUCACAGGCUGAAGGAUUCCGUAUUUAUAGAUUUUUCAUUAGUUGACGUGGGCGAUAACAGAAGCUUGGAUGUGUUUUCGAGGAGUUUACGGACACUUUUAUCACAGUGGUUCCCAAACUUUUUCCUGUCCUUUGCAGAUCUUUCACAUUUACAAACACACACAUCCUUUCCUGUUUGUAACAUUUUACUACAAAAACGAAAGUAACGAGUGAUUUUCAUACUACAGGAAUGAUGUCUUGACCCCGUUUUGAAUUAAAUUAUUUGUCUUGAAGGAAAUUUAAUUUGGGAAAUAUUGGCUUUCUUUCUUCUUGGCUUUCUUCGCUGCCAGUUAAAGGUACCCUGCGGAGUUUUCGUCCUCUAAUUUGUUGUUUUAUUUGUUUUACAAGGAAGGAAAUUAUUAGACGCAGUACACACAAUGCAUUUUGAUGAGUAUCGCUGAAUGUAAACAUAACUUUUGUUUGUUUAUAAGAAAAACUCCACAGGCCACCUUUAAGUAUGAAGCAAGAGACAGGAAAUGGCUAGCUUAGCUUAGCUUAGCAUAAAGACUGGGAGCGGAUGGAAACAGCUAGCCUGGCUCUGUCCUUUUUUUUUAAAUAGUAUCUAUCUUGAGCUUUAUUAUUAAAAGUUAUUACAUUUUUAUCAAACGUUAGGCUUCAGGGAGAAACAUCAGAGACACGACAUCACACGCAUAUUUGAUAAAGUAGGAGCUGACGCUGCCAUUUAGUAACUAAAUCGAUAAAGAGACGAUGAUGUAACUCUCUUCAUCACAUCAUGAGGUCACUCGGUGGUUAUUAGACAGCCUGUCGUAAAGAAAACCUUAUGAGUUCUUAAUUGGUCCCGAUCAGGUGAGGAUGUGUGAGGAGGUCGGUUUAAUAGCAGCGAGACACAAGAUUUACCCAACAGUCUGCAUCAAACCUCAUCAGAUUGUCUUGUCUUUGUUUUUGACGUUUGGAGCAGUCAGAGGUGAUUCAUUGACAGUCCUUUUUACAAACUUCUCCAUGUUUUGCUCUUCUCCAAUACAACCUCCAAGUUUGGGAACCACAAGGAAAAGACUGCUGAUGUUCUACAUUUCUUUUAUUGUCAACAAAUCCCAUGAAAAGACUCAACACUGUGUUAGUCUUGUUAAAAACACCUCACAAAUAUAUAGUUUCAUUUUCAAA